AUGUAUAGCCUUUGCUGAUUUCCCUGGUGUGAAAACUCACCUCGUGGUUGAUUGCAAGCUUUCAACCACACCACUGAAAAGAGCCGAGAUUUACAACCCAGGAAUUAAAAGCUGUUUUCUUAAAAAAUAUUUCUCAACCAGCACAGCACUCAGGCUUGUUUAUCAGAGUAUAGCACAGGACAGGGGAAGAAGUUUCAAGAGCUCCUUCUCUCCUGAGAUAAAUGGAGCAGCUGCUGGGCCAGGCCUCGCCCCUCUGUUCAAGCUGACUUUGCAAACACUAAAGGCACUAUGGCCAUUGAGAGUCCCAGCGUCUGGGAGCCAGAUUAAAAAUGGAAGAAAAUGGUGUCCAAAAGAAGAUGAAGGAAACUAUAUUCAUAAAAAUGUAUGAACCAUCCCGGGAGAUUUCUAAAAAGGUCAUGGAGAAAACGUCUACAGAUACACUUCCUCUUACUAUGAUUCCUCCAGAAGAGCAAGAGACUGUAUGUAUUUUUGGAACUGGAGAUUUUGGAAGAUCACUGGGACUUAAAAUGAUCCAGUGUGGUUAUUCAAUUGUCUUUGGAAGUCGAAACCCCAGGACAUUCAGCCUGCUGCCCAGUGGUGCAGAGGUCUUGAGCUAUUCAGAAGCGGCCCAGAAAUCUGACAUCAUAAUCAUAGCCAUCCACAGGGAUCAUUACGAUCUUCUCACAGCACUAACUGAGGUUCUCCGUGGGAAAAUAUUGGUCGAUGUCAGCAACAACCUCAAAAUGCAUCAGUACCCAGAGUCCAAUGCAGAGUACCUUGCUCAGCUGGUGCCGGGAGCCCACAUAGUGAAAGCAUUCAACACCAUCUCAGCGUGGGCUCUCCAGUCAGGAGCACUGGACGCAAGUCGGCAGGCAUUCAUCUGUGGAAAUGACAGCAAAGCCAAGCAAAGAGUGAUGGAUAUAGUUCGUGCUCUUGGGCUGACUCCGUUGGAUCAAGGAUCUCUCUUGGCAGCCAAUGAAAUUGAAAACUACCCCCUGCAACUGUUUCCAAUGUGGAAGUUCCCCUUGUACUUCUCUGCUAUCCUGUGUGUCUUCUUGUUUGUCUACUGUGUUAUCAGAGACAUAAUCUACCCUUAUGUGAAUGAAAAGAAAGAUCACACAUUUCGCAUGGCUGUUUCCAUCCCAAAUCGUGUCUUUCCAAUAGCGGCCCUGACACUGCUCGGGGUGGUUUACCUCCCCGGUGUCAUCGCUGCCAUUCUGCAGCUGUACCGAGGUACGAAAUACCGGCGGUUCCCAGGCUGGCUGGACCACUGGAUGCUUUGCAGAAAGCAGCUUGGCUUGAUAGCACUGGGGUUUGCCUUCCUUCACGCCAUCUACACACUUGUGAUUCCUAUUCGUUACUAUGUACGAUGGAGGCUGCAAAACUCAACCAUCACCCAGGCAAUAUCCAAGAAAGAAAAUCCAUUUAGUACCACGAAUGCCUGGCUUAGUGAUUUAUACCUGUCUUUCGGAAUCCUUGGAUUUUUCUUCUUCAUCCUCUUGGGGAUCACUUCCUUGCCAUCAGUUAGCAACGUGGUCAACUGGAGAGAGUUCCGAUUUGUCCAGUCCAAACUGGGUUAUUUGACCCUGAUCUUGUGCACAGCUCACACCCUGAUAUAUGGCGGAAAGAGAUUCCUCAGUCCUUCCAGUCUCCGGUGGUAUCUUCCUUCAGCUUACAUACUAGCACUCAUCAUUCCUUGCACCGUGCUGGUGAUCAAGUUUAUCCUCAUCCUGCCAUGUAUAGACAAGACCCUCACACGGAUCCGCCAGGGUUGGGAAAGGAACUCAAAAGGCUCUAAAUCAGCACUGAAUGGACAAACAGAUAUUUAAAGCAACGUUCAAUGCACCCAGAGUUCUGAACUGUCUGUUUAGAGACGAAUAAUGGGCUCAGUCAAGAAUGCAUUUUUCUCCCACCAUGGCCUGAAGUUUGUGAACAGCAAAGGAAAUGUUGCCUGACUUUAAGAAAUUGAGAGAUUGGAAGAGAACAACAUUUUACCUCUGGUUAGUGAUGAACUGAUGUAGGUCCUGCCUCCCAGAGGCAGUCGGGCUGUCAUCCAGAUUAGCUUUGUGGCUUCACACUCAGAAGCUUCUGGUUGUGGACACCAUGCAGAACCUAAUUAAUGUCUUGCAAACUCCAGGGGCAGUCUAUGCACUUUCCUUCUCUGGUUCAAGGGCUGAGUGGAGUGAGAGAAGACAGUAAAACGGUGGUCACUGAUAAAGGCUUUCUUUGGUACGUCUGAAGAAGAGGACCAAAUGAAGUAAAAGAAAUGAGUUGUUUUGUUUGUUUUUUGGACAUGAAGGUGAUUAUAAAUAUUGCCAUAGUGAAUUCUGUAGUUAAAUGUACUCUUUGAUUUUGCUUUUACCAAUGUGAUUGUGUACACUGGGAAACUAUUUCGUAACACAACAAAAAUACCAUAAUUGAUUGGAAGUAUGGGUCAGAUAUAUGCAAAUAUAUACAGUUGUCCAAAGAUCCCUCCUCUACAACGAAUAGGUGUAAGAAAGAUUGAGUUAAAAUUGAAGGAUACCACUAGGAUUUUCUCAGUGUAUAAUGAGCAAGGAUGGGUUGAUAAAAACCCUUGCACAAAGAGUUUAAAUAAACCAGAAUUUUAGAUAGCAAGCUAAAUAAAUAUUGUAAAGUUGCACUAGAUUAGGUUUUGUUUUGUUUAAGUAUUAUGGUAUGCUUUGUAAAUAAUAUAUUCCAAAUAUUAUUCAUUACCAAUUAUCUAUGAAAUGAAUUUCUCAUAUAAAAAUGUAGCUUCUAUAGUUUUUCAUAUUUUGAGCAGUGAAAUUAAGUGAAUAAUGCAAGUGAAAGUGUGACAGAUGCACAGAUGAGAGAAUUAUGGAAAGUCUUAGGGCAGAAAGGUGUGAGCAGUAGUUGUUACAUGAGACUUGGUUCUCAGAUCCUCACUGGAAUGCAGGAUGAUUCCGUCGAGGGCAGUGAGAACAACACCUGGUGUUAGACCAGUGGGGUCAGACGGGACCUGGGUUCAGCAACCUCAGUAUCUGAGUUUUGGCUAGGAAAGAAUUCAGAGCCAAGCCCCAAACUAUAAGAGAGUAUCCUCCUAUAUAAUAAAAGGCUAAUAUGCAAAUCAACCAAAUGGUAGAACGACCUGUCACUAUGAUGUACUGUCAUGACCUGGUGUACUGACCACCAGGGGGCAAACGCUCAAUGCAGGAGCUGCCCCCUGGUGGUCAGUGCAUUCCCAUAGGGGGGAGCGCUGCUCAGCCAGAAGCCCUGAGCCAGGCUCAUGGCUGGCGAGCACAGUGGUGGUAGCCAGAGCCUCUCCUGCCUCCACAGCAGUGCUAAGGAUGUCCCGCCAGGGAGCAGGCCUAAGCCAUCAGUUGGACAUCCCCCAAGGGGUUCUGGACUGUGAGAGGGUGCAGCCUGGGCUGAGGGACCCCCUGAGUGCACGAAUGUCCAGCGCCAGGCCUCUAGUUUAUUUAGAAAAUCACAGAGAUAGCAGAAAUAAUUCGUAGAAGAAAUGGGCUUAGGAAACAAGUGAUAGAGGCAAGGAAAGGGCCCCUGAAGCUUAGAAGUGAGAAAGGUGAAGUUGAUAGCACCUGAGGGGAAGAAAAGAAGGAGGGGAAACAUGGGGGUGCUCUGGGAAGGGGGAGGGAGAGCACCCUGGGUCCUUGCCCGAAGGGUUGUAAGGGUAGAGAUGUUAGGGGAGGCCCCAGGGAAAGAUCUCAAUAAAAAAUUCAGCAGUUUUCCAUGUGUGUCCUUUCAGGCUCUAGGUCUCCACUGAUUGAUUGGUCAAUGCCAGGGCAGGGGGUCAUUAACCAACGCAGCUGGUCCUGAGGUCAACCAUGGGGUUGCUUGUCUGAUUUUGCUGCAUUUUUUUUUUGCCUACUCCUGAGAUAUAGCUGAAGCCUAGACGUUAUCUCUAGGGAGGAAAGGUUGAGGGUCCAAACUGCAAUACCAGUGAUAUGCCAAGAGAGGAAAGGUCACCACUGGGGCUUUCCCCCCAGGUGACCUCCAGGACCUGGCCCAUCGUCCUUGCUCUGCUCAUGUCUGUCUAUCUGCCUACAAUCCUGUUUUCUGUGCUGACAGUUCCACCUCAAAGUGACCUUCACCAGGAUUAGCCUUCCUGGCUCAUACAUGAAGCUAAAAAGAGCCUUAGGCACCAUCUUCCCACAUACUGAAAUAACCAAAAGCCUUUGGCUUUGUCCUUUUUUCACCUGCUCUAUCACGACCAUUUGUUUUUAUCUUUUUUCACAUGCUUAGAGAGAGGAGAGAGAAAGGGGGAGAGAGAGAAGCAUGGAUCAGUUGCCUUCCGUACCUGCCUUCAAGGGGGAUUGAACCGAAACCCAGGCAAGUGCGCUGACCAGGAAUUGAACUGGCAAAUUUUGGUUCACAGGAUGGUGCUCAGCCAACUGAGCCACUCUGGCCAGACUCUUUUUUAACUUUUAUUAUCAUAUAUUCUACAUGACAAUAUACAAAACAAUUAAAAUGUAUUAAAACAUCACCCAUAAUCCAGGAUAUUUUUUCUAUAAAACUUUUAAAAAAAUAGUUCUAUUUAUACUGCAUACUCAACUUUACAUCCUUUUUCACUUAAUGUAUUAGCGGCUUUCUACUCUUAGUUACAUGGUAUAUGUAUUUAACUUAUAGCUGCAUAAUAUUAUAUCAAGUCGGCAUUUAUUAACCACUGCUCUAAUUAAGAAUGUAAGGUUAUAUUCAUUCUUUACUAAAACAAAUGACAUUUCAGAGACUUACAACUUUUUCCCAUAUUUCAAAUUAUUUCUUUAGAAUACUUGCAAGAAUUGGGAUUACAAAACUUUAAGAACUUUUAAUAGCAUUUGAUAUAUAUUGCCAAAUUAUUUCUAAAGUGACCUUGUCAGGAUCAUUGGUAUUGGAUAGGGGUGUUGGUUUCAUCAUUCCUUCAUAGGUUUUGCAUUUUAUCUCAAUUUGUGUUCACUGAAAAGAUACACAGAGCAUAUGAUCCAUUAAUUUAUCCUUGAUCCACCCAGCAAGGAUACAAAAAGCCAGAAGACUUUGAGCAGAGCUGUGUGUGAGGUGCCAACCUGAGAGCAUCGAUGGGAAAAUGUCACUACUCAUCCCCUCUGUUUUAUGCCAAACAGCCAAGUGUUGGAGGGUUGUAGCCUGGCCUUUGGCUAGAGAAUUGGUGGAGGACUAUCUAGGCUGAAACCAUGCUCCUUUUUAAUAACAGAGUAAUAUGUUUUUACUGGGUCACAGUUCAUCACUAAAAAUAGGAAAUACCAUAACUAGGUAACAAAGCUUUCCUGGAGUAAAGUAGACUCCACUUUUAUAACCUAGUAGAAAUGCUCUAUCCAGGAACUAAUAAAAGCUUUCCAUGAAAUGGGGGGGGUGGGGGGGUGGGGGGUGGGGCAUAUGUAACACUUUCAACAAUAAAGAAUAAAAAAAAAAAAAAAGCUUUCCAUGAAUCUAGAAGUUAAAGAGCGCCCCCUAGUGGUUUUGACAGCUAGGUUGCCAGGUCUCAACCUCACAGAUUUCAAACCACACCAGCUGUCCAGAAAAGCCAAUUUCCUUUUCUUCCCUCCCAAAACCCUCCCUCCACAAACCAUCAAACCAAUUUGACCAUUCUAACACAGCCAAAUAAAUGAGUUUGGAAUAGAUGGAAAUAGUGAACUAUAUCCCUUUUAACAGAUCCAAACUGUUCUAUAGCAAAAAGUUAGACUACAUUUCUUCACUACUGGUAUGUUUCCUGUAUUCUAGUAAAAUUUUUCUUAAGCUCAUAGACCUUUUAUUUUUGUAUGUUUCCCUGACUGCACUUGUAAAUGUGUACUCAUUAAACAUUAUUUUAAAAAUA